GCAGGCGCGCGCGGCCUUUCGCGCAUGGGCAGUGCUACUCAGAGCCCGCCAGCCACGGUCUCCGGCGCCAGCGACGCCGCUGCCGCUGUCACUAUGGCCCAUUACAAAGCCGCCGACUCGAAGCGCGAGCAGUUCCGGAGGUACUUGGAGAAGUCGGGGGUGCUGGACACGCUGACCAAGGUAUUGGUAGCCUUAUAUGAAGAACCAGAGAAACCUAAUAGUGCUUUGGAUUUUUUAAAGCAUCACUUAGGAGCUGCUACUCCAGAAAAUCCAGAAAUAGAGCUGCUUCGCCUAGAAUUGGCAGAAAUGAAAGAGAAAUAUGAAGCUAUUGUAGAAGAAAAUAAAAAACUGAAAACAAAGCUUGCUCAGUAUGAACCACCUCAGGAAGAGAAGCGUGCUGAAUAGGAUUCUUCUCAGUUGAAAAGACACUGAAAAAAUGGUUUUGUAUGACUUGAAUAGUUUGUAUAGUAUAUAAUCUUUUCUGAACAGAUGCUAUAGAACUCUUUUAAUAUGUUUAAUUCACCUAUUACACUUUAACUGUUAUAAACAUAUAUACUUAGAAUCACCAAUAAAAACGCAAUAUAACUUUCUUUGGGUCUUAAAAGCAGGAGAAUCCAAAGUGAACCCUGAAAAAAUUCUAAACACAGCCAUCUAAUUCAUUACCUUAAAAGAGUUUCUGAUGGUACUGGUUCUAUUUUAGCCAAGGAAGGUUAGCAUGAAGCUGUUUCUUGGUUUAGUUCAGGAUAUGAGCACAGGUACAGUCAUGCUUUAAAAUGAAGAUGACACUGUAUUCUCUGUGGGCAGCUGGAGAUAUCUGUGUGACAGAUGCUUCUGAGUGGAUGGGUUCCCGUGAAUCUUUUGCUUGUUUAUAUCAUGUGGGACAAAUAAUUCUUCUUUGCCACCACUUUGCCUUAGAUAACGGUGUGUGCGCCAGUUCGAACCCUGAUACCACGUUUUCCUUCUAUGCAAUCAUACCCUAUCUGACAAUGUUGCCUUGCUUGCUCUGUGCUUCAGCGGGUCCUACUUGCACAUUGGUCUUCUAUUUUCAAUUUACUGUAAUAGCAAUUACCCUGACUGUAAUUUAUAUAACUUUAAACAGGAUCACACUGUUCCCCUAUACUAUUUAGUUGCUUAGUUGAGCAAAGAACAGGCAAGAUAAAAUUCUGGGCUCACACACAAGUUGGGAUGAAAGGGAAAUGAGCCAUAUAUCGUGGAAAAUUAUAAUUUGCGGGUAUAAUUAUAUAGUGCUUUUUUCCCUCAAAGUAUUUUUCUAGCCUUGAAUUCGUUGUAUCUUCAUUAUCCCUGUGAAGUAGGUAGGGCAAGUAUGAGGGGAGGUUGGGUGCUGAAUUUUUAGGCCAAAGACUGAUAUUAAUACAAAUUAUUUACUAACUGUAGAAUCUUGGGAACGUUAGUUCACUGCUCUGAGAUUCAUUUUCCUCAUCUGUUAAAUGAGAAGAAUAUCUGUGCUGCCUACCUCACAGGGUUGUUGUGAGGGUCAAAUGGAAUGUAUGUGAAAGAUUUGUAAAUGGUAAAGCACUAUAUUCUUGUUUGUUACUCCUUUUUCCUUUAUUUUAGAACACCUACAAACAUGUUUUGUUUUCUAGAUCAUGUAUUUUCCUUACUGAUUGACUGACAUUAAGAAGUAGCCCUAUUUCAUGCAUCCUAUCCUGAUGGUUAGAGAACCUGUCUUUAUUUUUCGGUCAAAACACAGAGAAAAAACAAUCCAAUGAAAGCUGGUUUAACUAGCAAAAGUCUCAGCACCUGCUGGAAAUUGUCACUAAGCCAAUUAUAAGGACAUUUUAAUCAGUCAUAUUGGCAGGAAUGUGGCAAUGGUCUGUGCCUUUUUUAGUCACAAGUUUGGUUUUGGAGGGGGGCCAGAUACUGUUGGAAGAACAUUUACUUGAAUAUUGGUUUAUCUUUUACCAAGUUGAGUGCCUCCUACAUGGACAGCAGUGGACUGAGUCCUGGGUGUUCUAAGGAUGAAUGACUUGAAGUUAGUUAUGAGAUAUGUAUAUAAGCAAUUACAGUGUGGGAUAGGAUGUGCGAAGAGUCAUAAGACUAAUAAAAUUUGGCCCCAUAGGGGUUUUGGGAGAGAGGGAGAUUGGCUUUGUAAAGCAGUUGGUAUGAUAGUCCUUUGUGUAUGUAGACAAGUAUAACUUUUUUGGUAGCCAGCCCUCAUUUGCUUUUUUCCCAUGGGACUAGUAUUAAUAUUUAUGUAGUCAGGUGACUGUCUCUUGUACCAUCCUUUUGGACAGCAUGGCAACCUAUGGGUUGGAUAAUCAUACUGUUUGGUGGAACUGACCUGCUGAACUGCUGUACCAAUCAGUGCUAUUUGAGAAUUUAGCGUCAGCCUGGCCUCUGGAGGGCCUCUUCAACAUUUCUAUCAAGGACUUGGAUGAAGACAAUAUACAAGAAGAGGCUCAAUGGAGUAGAAAAAGGAUCCCAUCCACUCAGUUCCUGCUGUGCUUCAGCUAACUUAUCUAUAAAGUGCAGAUUUCAUAUCUUGCCUACCUCACAAGGUUUUGUAAGGAACAAAUCAAAUAUAAUGGAUGAAAAGCA